AUGGGUAAUAAUCAAGGUGGUCUUCACAAGCGAGAUCGUACAGAUGGUCAGCAGCGUAUACGGAAUUGGACAGCUGCUGGUGGCAGUGGUGGUUCUGGCAAUGGUGCCUCGGUUCAAGUAAUUAAUUCUGGCACAGCAGAAGAUGGUUGUCCAGUUCAAGUGAAAAUCGCAAAGAGUGAGGGAUCUGGUUCAACACCAAGUAUCCAAUUUUCUGAAGCAAAUGAAUAUCCAGUGGUUUUCAAAUGGCAAGGAGGAAGCCAAGCUGGUGGGGUUUACAUAGCGGGAUCUUGGGAUGGGUGGAAAAAGAAAAUACCAUUAUGCAGAUCAACUCAGGAUUUCUCGACCAUCAUUAACUUGAAUCCUGGAAUGCACGAGUAUAAAUUUUACAUUGAUGGCAAAUGGGUGAUUGACGAAAAUGCUACUAAGACUGAAAACAAGUUUGGUAGUCAGAACAAUGUUAUUGCAAUUGAUGAAGCUGACUUUGAAGUAUUUGACGCUCUUAGUCGUGAUUUAGCGUCGUCAAAUGCAGGAGAAGUUAUGAGAAAGGUGAAUGCAACAGGAACACUGCCUUCUUCGCAUGACACACCAAAUGAACGUGAAAUUGAGAAGCUAAAAAAUUUCACUCAGGACAUUCCAGACCGUCGAGAAUUCGAAAAAGCAUUAAAUCCACCAGUUUUACCCCCUCAUCUUUUGCAGGCUAAUACACCGAUGCAAUGCGAUCCAAAUGUGCUGCCGGAACCAAAUCAUGUAAUGCUGAAUCAUUUGUAUGCGCUAUCAAUUAAGGAUGGUGUCAUGGUUUUAUCAGCUACUCAUCGUUAUCAAGGUGACAUUGUUUUAUUUUUGGCAAUGGAGCCAAAAUGGACAUUUGAUCGUACUUGGUACGGUGCAGAUUUAUCAAAUGGAUGGACUGCAAUAGUUUCGGAAUGUGGAUAUAUUUGUACAAUACAGUGUAGGAAGAAAAAGUCGCGCGAUGAAUGGGUUUUAAGUGUUAGUCCCGAGAGUCACUGCUCUUAUUCGUUGUUUGUUGAUGUCGCACUUUCAGUUGGUGCAUUUCAUUUUAAGGUACAUUGCGAUUUAUGGCAUUCAUCGAGUGUUGUAUUGCAAGAAGAAAUACAAAGCGGAUUCAGAGUUGAUGUGACAUUUAAAUUGCGCAUCAUCGAAACGCUAUCGGCACAAGAUCUGAGUGGAAAAACUCCUUAUAGAGAUUUUGAAAUUAAGUGUAAAGGACGUUCUUGGUUCGUGGAUGCCACAUACUUGGCAUCGAUAGGAGGAAAAUUAUUCACUGAGUGGAAUGAAUUACGCUUGAAAGGUGCCAAAGAACAUAUUGUAGAUGGUAUUUCAACUUAUGAAUUAGACUGUCUUAUAGAUGCUACCGUAAAAUAUCGUCAAAUCAUCGUAACAAGGAUAAAUUACGAUGUGUUAGCUGGUGUUUCGUUUCGGUAUAACAUUGGCUCUGUAUUGCGGGCUGUGGAGUCUUUUUUGAUGGAUGCUGAAUGGAUUCAUCCAAUUCGACGAUUAGAAUAUGCAGUUUGUUAUAAAUUAGCAAGAUUGGGGGAUUUUAUUAGGCGAAAACUAAUAUCGUCAAAUACUGUGUUUGAAAGCUUACAUGAAUAUCUUGCAGAAAAUGGCGAAACUUUGGAUCAGAUGCAUCCAGAUGUAUUGGUCUCACUAAACAUACAUCCAGAUCACAUUCUUCAUUAA